GCCCUUCAGAUCUGCUGACGCUUUCUUUCGGCCUAGGUGCUUGGGGUGAGGUGCCAAAGGUUCCCUAUAAAGUACCGGGGCUCUGGCUUUGUCCACUCGCCAUCCAGCUCCUGUCCUGCUCUGCCCAGAGGGAGCUGCCCGUGACCACCAUGGUGAGGCUUGUACUGCCCAACCCGGGCCUGGAGGACCGAAUCCCCUCUCUGGGGCAGCUGGAGGUCAUGGAGAAGGAGGAGGCCGGCUCUCGGCCCAAGUGGGACAACAAGGCCCAGUACAUGCUCACCUGCGUGGGCUUCUGCGUGGGCCUGGGCAACGUGUGGCGCUUCCCGUACUUGUGCCAGAGCCAUGGCGGAGGAGCAUUCAUGAUCCCGUUCCUCAUCUUGCUGAUUGUGGAGGGCGUCCCCUUGCUGCACCUGGAGUUCGCCAUCGGGCAGCGACUGCGCAAGGGCAGCGUGGGCACCUGGAGCUCCAUCCACCCAGCCCUGAAAGGUGUAGGGAUUGCGUCCAUGUUCGUGUCCUUCAUGGUGGGCCUCUACUACAACACCAUCAUCGCCUGGGUCAUGUGGUACUUCUUCAACUCCUUCCAGGAGCCCCUGCCUUGGAGCUCGUGCCCGCUCAACGACAACAGGACAGGCUAUGUGGAGGAGUGCACCCGCAGCUCAGCCGUGGACUACUACUGGUACCGGGAGACGCUCAACAUCUCGACCUCCAUCAGCGACUCUGGCUCUGUGCAGUGGUGGAUCCUGCUCUGCCUGACCUGUGCCUGGAGUGUCCUCUACGUGUGCACCAUCCGUGGCAUCGAGACCACCGGCAAGGCUGUGUACAUCACCUCGACACUGCCCUAUGUCGUCCUGACCAUCUUCCUCAUUCGGGGCCUUACCCUGAAGGGAGCCACCAACGGCAUCGUCUUCCUCUUCACACCCAACAUCACGGAGCUGGCCAACCCGGUGACUUGGCUGGAUGCAGGGGCCCAGGUCUUCUACUCCUUCUCGUUGGCCUUCGGGGGCCUCAUCUCCUUCUCCAGCUACAACUCUGUCCACAACAACUGUGAGAUGGACUCGGUGAUUGUGUCCGUCAUCAACGGCUUCACAUCCGUGUACGCAGCCACCGUGGUCUACUCCAUCAUCGGCUUCCGAGCCACAGAGCGUUAUGAUGACUGCUUCAGCCAGAACAUCCUGACGCUCAUCAACGGGUUCGACCUGCCUGAAGGCAACGUCACCCAGGAGAACUUCUUGGAAGUGCAGCAGUGGUACAACAACACUGACCCCGUGGCCUUCGCCCAGCUGAAGUUCCAGACCUGUGACAUGAACUCUUUCCUGUCAGAGGGCGUGGAGGGCACGGGACUGGCGUUCAUUGUCUUCACGGAAGCCAUCACCAAGAUGCCGGUGUCCCCACUGUGGUCCGUGCUCUUCUUCAUCAUGCUCUUCUGCCUGGGCCUGUCCUCCAUGUUUGGGAACAUGGAAGGUGUGGUUGUGCCCCUGCAGGACCUCAAAGUCAUCCCGGAAAAGUGGCCCAAGGAGGUGCUUACAGGCCUCAUCUGCUUGGGGUCGUACUUCAUCGCGUUCAUCUUCAGCCUGAACUCCGGCCAGUACUGGCUCUCCCUGAUGGACAGCUAUGCCGGCUCCAUCCCUCUGCUCAUCAUCGCCUUCUGCGAGAUGUUCGCCGUGGUCUACGUGUAUGGCGUGGACAGGUUCAACAAGGACAUUGAGUUUAUGAUCGGCCACAAGCCCAACAUCUUCUGGCAAAUUACAUGGAGAGUGGUCAGCCCACUGCUCAUGCUGGUCAUCUUCUUGUUCUUCUUCGUGGUCAAGGUCAAUGAAGAGCUGACGUACAGCGUCUGGGACCCUUCCUAUGAGGAAUUUCCCAAGUCCCAGAAGGUCUCAUACCCAGACUGGGUGUACGCCGUGGUGGUCUUCAUUGCUGGGGUGCCCUGCCUCACUAUCCCCUGCUUUGCCAUCUUCAAAUUCAUCAGGAACUACUGCCAGAGGGAAAAAAACCAGCAGCUGAUCAGUGCCCAGUCCACAGCCUCUAUGAAUGGAGACCUGAAGUAUUGAGCACAGUGUCCACGGCUGCACACGUGCAUGUUCAUAUGCAUGUGUGAGCAUGUGAGUGUGCGCAUGGGAGAGAGUGUACAUGUAGGUGUGCACAUAU